AUGUGGCUACGCAUAGUGAAGAAUCUUCAUCGGUUUAAUCACCGACACCGACGCGUUUUGACCUCAAAAGUGUGUGUCCAAAAGCUUCACAGUGACUUUACAGACAGUAACUAUGAAGGGUUGUAUCCAGGACACAUCCCCACCACAUCCAUCCAGAAAGCCUUGCUGGCUGUCGGGUCUGGGGUGGUUGCAUUGCAGAACCCCUACAGACAUGACAUGGUUGCAGUGCUUGGAGAGACGACGGGACACCUAGCGUUAAUAAAUCUCAGGGACAGGAUGAAAAACGACCCUGAAGGCUACACUAUCCUAACAGAAAGGCCCAGGAUCCGGCUGUCUACACUUGAUCUGACAAAGAUGGCCUCAUUACCUGAUGGCUCUUUUGGGAGAGAAUACCUCCGUUUUCUGGAGGACAAUCAUGUGACCCCUGACACGAGGGCAGAUGUGAAGUUUGUUGACAACGAGGAGCUAGCUUACGUCAUGCAGCGAUACAGAGAGGUCCAUGAUUUGUUGCACACAUUACUGGGCAUGCCCACCAACAUGUUAGGUGAGGUGGCCGUGAAAUGGUUCGAAGCUGCUCAGUUGGGGCUUCCCAUGUGUGCUCUUGGAGCUGUGUUGGGGCCACUUCGGCUAAAUGCAAGCCGUUUACAGUCACUGUUCAAAUCCUUGGGCCCUUGGGCACUACAGAAUGGGCGGCAUGCUCGUUGUGUCCUCAGCAUCUUUUAUGAGAGGCGAUGGGAGCAGAGACUCGAGGAUCUUAGACAGGAGCUCAACAUCAUGCCUCCGCCACUCAUACCAACAAGAUGAGCACCUGAGAAAGAGCCCAAAGAAGAUCCAGGUUUCAGGAAUCGCUGCAAAAAAGACGUUAGCUGACAAACAAGAAAUAUAAGUGCAACACAAUGGAAUUUUUUGGAGAAUGAAACUUAGAAAACUAA